GAUAUACCACAGGACCUCUGCUAAUCCAACUGCUGCCAUUUAAAUUUUAAUGUCUGAAUAAUGAUUCGAAUUAUAAUGCAUCUGUUAUUUCUCCGAAAGUGCAACAUUUAAUAUUUACUUGCACUUAUUUGCUCUUGCCGUGCAUCUGCGCAUUUUAAAUGUACGUUGUCUUCCAGAAGGUCGCCACCACCUUUCUAUUUACUAUUUCCCAAGUUUGAUUACAACGCACUCUUCAAUACCGCAUCCCUUUGUACCUAAAUCGAAGUAAUUUAUAAAUAGCAUUCGGUGGAGUAGCUAACCAGACCUAGACGUUUCGAAACACUGGACGCUGCAGUUCUAAUUAUAACAGAAGGUCAAAGAUCCUGGAAUCUAGCACUUAGCAAUGAAUAUUAAGUAAUGAAAAUUCCUUUAUUAUUACUCAAUACUCUUCUAAUAACUUUACGUUUGGGUGUAUUCUUUCAGUAGCUCUUGCUCGCACACCAAUUGCAUAUGCGCAGAAGUAAAUUGCGGUGCAAGGCCGCGUGACAGAACUGCAGACUGCUGGAAAUCGCCGCGGCCAAUUGUAUUCUCUCCCGGAGCAAUGCCAUUAUCCAACUGGUAAACCGACGGAUGGUGCAUGGGGCGCCGUGACAUAGCCGUCGCUUAGAUUUUCGUUUGCAGUCGAAUAAUUCCUCAAAUGUAGAGAGAUUAGAAAUCACGUUGGUUGCUCGCCGUGCAGAGACUAUGGGUAGGGAAUUCGGUACAACAUCCAUCAGAUUGGAGGCCACGCUGUCAAUCAUCCGCGGUGAAAACCCUGCGGGUGGGGGAGACUCUACCGGUUGAUUCUGACUUUAAGUUCCGCCCUCUUCUGGCCCAAUUGGCUGGACUCCACGCUAAUUGGUUGAGAGGUAUAACUGUCGCUGUCGGUGCUUGUGUAUUGUAGUGCGGAUGUGAGGUCGGAGCUCACUGAUAGAAGCGUUUGGUUGAGAUAGAAGCUUUCUGCUAUGUUCUGAUCAUUCCGCUGCUUUUUCCUUUAUUUCUUGCUUGAAGGAUUGCUAGUUAUGACGCAGAACAAACUGAUUCCUCUCAUAAAGUGUACAAUCGGGUGCUAUUUUUGCAAAAAACGAGAGCUGGAUUUCUGCUGUAUGUCGGACGUAUUUGGACAACUCACUUCGUAUCUGGAUUGUUGAUGACCUUCGGUUCUUCAAACCUGCAAACAAUUAUUAAUGCAUCUGAAAGAUCUGAGCAUUCCCCGUUGGUUUUAAUUACUUCAUCUUCAUGUUGUCAUCUGAGCAGUCAGUGGGAACAACCCAUCUACAUCAGGAGAACCAAUGCCCUUCAAGAUUUACAGAGAAAAGGUGAUAAGUGCAUUGAUUAUGCAUUGGAGCAGAGCAACCUUCCAGUAUGGAUCCAGCUGCAAGACAAAUGAUUUUUCCUUUCUGCCUGCAACGUCCCCUCUUCAUGAUACUUGCACUGGUGACAGUGUUUCUGGUGUAUAUAAACUUUCCAAAUGUGAAGAUGUACAGAAUGUUGAAUAUGCAUUCAAUUUCUGGAUCAGACCCCCAAUGGAGCAGAUAUCCACUUCCAAAGAUUUAUUCCACAAUGCAGCAGGAAGUGGAAAUGCAGAAGACUGAUUGGACACACAGACUGGUGCAGUAUGGUUACCAGAAUCACAGCUUCACCCCUGAAGAAAGGACAGAGGGCACGGUCCUGAUGCAAAUGAUUAAAUGGCCAAAGCCUCCCAACCCUGCUGUGCCCUUUCAGAAAAGCAGUGACGCAUCGCGUGCUCGUUUUGUUAUUUUAAAUUCUGGAAAGACUUUCUACGUCAGAGAUCAGUUGCAAGUGAUGCUUCGCAUGUAUGAUUUUGAAGGAAAUCCAAAGCAAUACGGGGGUGACUUUAUCCUUGCCCGAAUCCACACCCCAGAAUUGAAAGCUGGUUCAGUAGGAACAGUUAUAGAUAACCAAAAUGGAUUUUAUUAUAUCAAUUUUAAUUUAUCCUGGCCGGGGAAAGUUCAAGUGUCUGUUUCCUUGGUUCAUCCCAGUGAAGGGAUCCAAGUACUUGAGAGACUACGUGAGGAACGGCCAGAUAGAGUGAACUUUAAAAGUGCCUUCAGACUUGGGACUACCUCAGAGACCACCUUGUGCAAUCUUUACUUGACUCAAACUAAGCCACUCUGUAACUUUACUGAUCUCAGGACUGGGGAGCCCUGGUUCUGUUACAAACCGGAGAAACUUCCCUGCUCUUCUCGCAUCAACCAUGCGAAAGGAACAUAUGUGAAAGGCCUUUUAAAAGGAGAUGAGGUUAUUUAUUUCAAAAGGGGAUCCAACAUCAAGAAGCCCAUCUUGCCCUAUAUCCCUGGUUAUAUAACUGUAGAGCCUUCCCGUCAUGCAGCAGUUGGAGCUUCUCAAGAAUGUGUCCGGGGAAAGCCGAUGUUAUCGCCAUCUGGCUAUUACUUUCAGGACCAGUGGAUGUCAACAACCUGCAAUAUCCGUUCCUUUGACACUGCAGCAAAAGUUACAGGCUGUCUUCAUGGGAAAAAAGUUUAUUUAUUUGGAGAUUCCACAAUACGUCAGUGGUUUGAAUAUUUAAUAGCAUUUGUGCCAGCUCUCAAGAAAUUCGAUCUUGGCAACCCUGAGAAGAUUGGCCCUCACCUUGCAGUCGACACAGAAAACAACAUCAUUGUGGAAUUUCGUCCCCAUGGCCCGCCAAUCCGAUUCACCACCGUAUCAAGCCAGGACCUGCGCUACAUUUCAAACGAACUGGAUGGAAUUAAAGGAGGGAAAGACACGGUUAUAGGCAUCACCUUAUGGUCCCAUUUCAGCACCUUCCCUGUAGAAGUGUAUAUCCGAAGAUUACAGAAUAUCCGGAGAUCCAUUCUACGGCUGCUGGGCAGGAAUCCAGAUACUGUGGUUGUAAUAAAGACUGCUAACGUCCAGGCCCUCCCAGGUGAAGUCAGUCUCUACAACAGUGACUGGUUCUCCUAUCAGCUUGACAUAGUGAUGAGAAAAAUGUUCACAGACAUCAAUGUGGGAUUUGUGGAUGCGUGGGAAAUGACAGUAGCCCACUACCUGCCGCAUGAACUGCACCCCCGCACAGUUAUUAUAAAGAAUCAAAUAGACGUGCUUCUUUCGUACGUCUGCCCUGCUGGAAAGGAAUAAAUACUUGGAUCUAAGCCAAGUAAACCAUUUGAUCCUACUGUCAGUCACAUCUUCCCUUCUCCCUCCUCUCCUAUCUGCUUUCUGCAGGGACCACUUUCUUUGUGACCCCCUGAUCUGCUCAUCCCUCACUCACCAGCACUUUCCCCUGCAACCAGAGGAGAUGCAACACCUUCCCAUCAUCACCUCCCUCACUACAUCCAGGCACCUAAACAGCCCUUCCAAGUGAGGCAGAGAUUCAGCUGCACCUCUUCCGACCUGGUCUACUGCAUUUGGUGCUCAGGACGUUGCCUCCUUUACACUGGUGAAGCAGAGUGUAGACUUGGUGACCACUUUGUGGAACUCCUGCACUCUGUCUGCAGCAGCCUCCUUGAGCUUCUGGUUGCUUGUCAUUUUAUCUCUCCGUCCCACUCCCACAUUGACCUGUCUGUUCUCUGCUUUAUCCAUUGCUACUGGGAGGCUAGACACAAAUUAGAAGAACAACAUCUUGUAUUCUACUUGGGUAGCUUACAACUCAAUGGUAUGGACAUUGAAUUUUCCAGUUUCAGGUAACCCACACCCCCUGUGUUCUUCCCCCACAAACAUUCCCCUGCCCACCUAGGUCUCUUCGCCCUUUGCACAUCUCCUUCCCCCCAUCUAGUUCUAUCUGCCCACAUCAUCUCCCCACAACCACCAAUCUGGUUCCACCCAUCACCCACCAAUCUCUGUCCCUUGACUGCUAUAUACUGGCAACCUUUCCUCUUCCCACUCAGUCCCGAUGUGCAAGGUCUUGACCCGAAAUACCAACUUACACCUCUUCCCUCCACAGAUACUGCUUGACCUGCCAAGUUCUUCCUGUGUUCUGUUUUUCGUUAAAAUUCCAGCAUCUGAAUUCCUUUUUGUCUUCUCUCUAGAUUAUUUGAUUUUUGUAUCUCUGAUAACUUAAUGGGAUAAUGAUUAGUGUCACGAACCAGCAACAAAAGAAACACACCGAGCAUGAUUCAGUGUUAAAAACUAUUUUAUUAAUCACUACUUAUGAUAAUAUGUAAAAUAAAAGUAAAAAUGUUAGUAUGUUAGAGUUCAAAAAUGUUAAACCUCGAACGUUAACCCCAAAACUAAACUCGUCGUGUGUGUGUGUGACAAAGUCCCAAACUCCAAGUUCAAGAAUGGUUCUUAAAGUUCAGUUCCGCAAGCCAUAAGGUGAAACAUGAGCAAGGGCUUCUUCAACAACCACCGUUGUCAGAAGAUAAGACGUAGACGUAGAGAAACAUAGAGAGAGUAAAUACGAAAUCCAAAUGUUCCACGAUGGAACCCAAACGACACUUCAGUGUUUACUCGGUAGUGACUUCCUCACCCCGAAAAGCAUCUGAAUCGUGGUCGUCCACACACAAAUACCUGUUUCCUUCUACAGGUCAGCAACAAAGUGAACUCCACCGGAUUACUUCCAACUUCCAUACAUGGAUUUCAGUGGCAAACACAGUUAUUGUUUCUCAUCCAUCGAUAGAGAAAACAAGUAGGCUGGUGUCUCUCUCCCUUCUCUCUCUCUCUCUCCUUCUCUUCUAACUUCUUCAACAACGUCAUCACGUCCUUUAUCUUCUAUUGACGUAAGCACGCCCCACACACACAUACACACACUCUCUCUAUCUUAAAGGGACUUUCACUGAGUCCGUAACAUUAGAAUAAAAGGAAUUUCCUCUGAAAGUGCAAUUUCUAAAUGCUCUAUUAUUUUUUAAAACAAAUAAUUUUAAAAUGACAUGGUUAUAGCAUUGUUCAUUGUGAUUGCAGGUAAAUGCAGUUUUGCAUGCUGAUGUGUACAAAUGACU